AUGACAGCCUCCUUGUUGAGGGGCCUCGCAGCGACGGCAGUACAAGUGACGGCCAUGACCACUCGAUUUCGGUACCCAAACGCAUUGCCGAAACUCCUUCGGCUCCUAUGCCAUCAACCGCUGCAACUCCCGGUGCUGGGCAACACAAUUGACCGCGAUCACUCCUGGGCCCGAGGAAUUACAAGCAGUUCAGGAUAUCUUAGAUGCACAAUCUCCCAAUUUGGUGCCACACAAGAUGAAUAG